GUCUUUUGGCCAUGCUUGAAAUGACGUUGCAUUAUUAAAUAAAUAAUUUUUUUUCUUAUUUAACUGACUACUGUCCUUACCAUGUAGUACUGAAUAGUUUACAACCACUUAAGUGGCCUUUAAACCAACGCCAUCUAUAAAUUCAUAUGCUUACAUUAUCUUCUCUCUCUCUCUCUAAAUUGUUUGAUAACAUUUCUCUCUAGCAAAAAAAAAUCUUGAGUGCAUAUAUUCAGUCGAUGGAGAAUGAUGAGUUAGAUAUCGAUUUAGCAUCUCUCCCUAAACAAAAAUGGGUGGGAGAUGAUCAUCUCCUCCAAUUUGGAGGCUUUUGGUUUGUGCCUCAACACAUCAACCUAAUAAAAAAGGUGAUAAACCAUUUCAAUCCUCUCCCAACCGAUGUUAUCUUGGCUAGCUCUCCCAAAACAGGCACAACCUGGCUCAAAUCUCUUCUAUACUCCAUCCUCAACCGAUCCUCUAAACAUAAGUUGGCCUUCAAACACCCGCACGAACUUGUUCCCUUCUUGGAAGGACCGGUUCUCAUGCAAUCCAAUGAGCUUCCAUUUUCGACUGCUUUGUCAAACACAUGUCGGUUAUUCAGCACACACAUCUCGUACCAGCUCCUAGCCAAAACCCUAGAUUCGUGUGAGUGUAGGAUUGUAUACGUUACACGUAACCCCAAGGAUACUCUUGUGUCCUUGUGGCACUUCAUGAACAAGAGGAGGGGACAUCAACCAUGGACCAUCAAUGAGGCUGUUGAUGCGUUCUGCUAUGGUGUCACCCCGUACGGUCCCUACUAUGAUCAUGUGAUCGGGUAUAGAGCGUUGUACCUAAAGAGGCCGAAGAAUGUUAUGUUCGUGACGUAUGAGGAGAUGAAAGAAGAUCCACAUGGCCAUGUCAAGAAAUUGGGUGAUUUCUUAGGAUGUCCAUUUGAUGGGGAAGAAGAGGUGGACGAGAUCGUGAAGAAUUGUAGCUUCGAGGUACUAAGUAGUCAUGAAGUUAACAAAUCCGAGCAAUCUCUGAUAAAGAAUUUAUUUCCUUACAAUUCGUUCUUUAGAAAAGGAAUAACCGGAGACCAUGAAAACUAUCUCAGCAAUGAGGUCAUUCAACGCAUUGACACUCUUACUAAACACAGAUUUCAUUCCUUAGGCUUCAUGUAUGGGAUUUAACUCUUAUCUCUACCCUCCGAACUAAUCUCGAGGAAAAUGGUAGAAAAAAUAUAUUUCCAUUUUUACCAUUUUCCCACCCUUUUCACAUGUUUUGCAGGGUAAAUAAUGAGAGAAAAUUACCUUUUUCGUCUCUUGUUAAGAGCAUCUCCAAUGGCGGACGUCCGGUCGGACAUCCGGUCGGACGUCGCGACGGGCGACCGGGACGUCCGCCAUUGUGGCG